AGAAAAUAGAAAGAGGAUAUUUGCCAAAAUAUGCUAGCAGACAUGUGGUAUUGCCAUUGAAACCUCCAUCUUCCUUAAUUGACUUACUGGGUUUGAAACUGAAACAAACACCAUCUUCGGAAAGCUGUUUCAGCUCUCAGCUCAAAUGUGGCGCCAAAAUAUACUCCGUCACAAUCACGACUCAGAUCAAAGCAUUUCCGAUGACGACGUAGAUGAGCCAGACGACGCUUGUCCAAACGACGUCGUUUCGAUAAAAACCUUAAAAGCCUCUGCCGCUGCCUCCAGCAAGGAAGAACUGCCUCUUCCAGUGCGGUUGGAUUUUCUAAAAGGAAUCUCGAAUCAAAAUUUGGCUGGGACAAGCAGCAGUUUGUCAAUUAAGGAACCAACAGAUACACCUCCUGAAGAUGAGGUUGAAAUGCCCGAAUUCAACGAGGGUGACAGCAGUAGCAUAUUGGGGGAGGUAGCUGCCAAUUCAAGUGACGAAGAAGUAAUUCAGGAUGAGGGUAACACUGUCCUGUCGAUUAGAGAGCUUCGCAAGUAUGGUCCUCAAUUCAUCAGACACAAACAAGUUCGAGUUUCUAAUGAAAGAUCUGAAGCAUUAUUACCUUCCAAAGAAAGUUCUUCAUGCUCAGCAUUACACGCUUCCACCUCCAGAGCAAACCGAUCUGGUGUUUGGAGCAAAGCUAAGUCAAGAAUUUCAAUGUCAUCGUUGUCACACAAAUGUGGGAAUUUGGGUCCUUCAAUGUCUGAUAGAUUGCCUGAAAAGAAAGCUGAUGGACCUUGGGCUUCUGCAACCUUGGACAGUAAUCAUACUGAAGAUAAUGAUGGCGUGGAAUUAAGUUCAGAUACUGAGCCGGCUGAAACAGAAGCCAUUGCACCAGGACCUAACCUACCCUCAAUGGCUGAUCUAUUUGAAAAUCUCCAAGACAAAACACAUCUAGCCUUUCCUGUGUCUACGUUUCAGUAUUUUCCACAUGGUCAAACCAGAGGAAAAAUAGGGCACACUGUUCAGAAGAGGAGUAGAUCCGACCUGCCGGAUAUGAUUGCUGACAGCGAAGACUCCCCUGAUCUCGUGGAUAGUGGAUCAUCAAGUGACAAUGAGGAGAGCAAUCAACAUAUGAGGAUUACUUUCUAUGGAAAGAAAACACAGACCAUGGCAGAUCGAUUUCAGGAAGCUUUGGGGACUUCAUCUGUUAUUGCUGAAGGGACUCAUGUUGGUGUACAUAAUUCAUCGAGAGCUGGAAUAUUUGGAAAGCUGCAGCAGGUCAUGCAGACAGAGAAAGAAAGAGAUUUGGACUUUUGGAAAAAGCUACAAUCUGGAGCUAGACCAGAUAGUGAACUUGGCUGCUUUGAUGUGAAAAUCAUUUCAAGAUACUUGGAUGGAAAGCUGACUGUUUGUCAUUGUUCAUUUGGCAAGUUCACAGAGGUAAAAAACCAUUUUCCAUCAACAAAUAACAGAGAAAGCACCAUCAUCUUUAGUCCAAGGGUUUGUGACAAUGUUGACCUUGAAGUUGGGAACUUGAUCCGUAUUCAUCCGCCAUGGAAGGAGAUUCAGGUGGGAAAUGACCGUAUGAUAUUGUGCACAUAUUUCUCACAAAUUUAACCCAUGUUUAGUUUCUUUGGCGUGAUAAUGGAAUGCAUUUGAUGCAAAUUGCAUUAUAGUUAUGGUACAUAAAUACUGUCCAAUAUCUUGUAUGUUGUAUCUAGCUGUGUGAAAUAUUCAUUAGCAAAUUUUUCAAAUGCUAAUUUGGAAGGAAUCUUGUUCUAUUAGUGUUCCUAG